AUGUCCUUCGACCUGGCUUCCUCUAGUGCCUCUGCACAGAUCAAUCGACUACCAAACGAGCUUCUCGCCGAGAUCUUUGUGCGCACGCAUGAUAUACUGUCCUUCUAUGGGGAUAAUCCCACCUACGAGGGAGCGGCUUUGUGCGCUUUUCUUUCUCACGUAUGCCGGCGCUGGAGAAGCGUAGCCAUCUCGUGCCAGUAUCUUUGGGCUUCUCUCCCCUGCAAGACUGAAAAGUGGACGAAAGCCUGCCUGGCGCGUGCGCAUUCGGGCCCGGUGGCGUUGCAAUUCUAUACGCUCCCGGAAGACGACUUCAUGGCCUCGCUUUCUCGCGAGACUUGUAAUCACUUAUUCGAUACGAUUCCGCGUGCCAUCUCUCUAGACGCUUGGCUCCAACUCGGAGAGGCUGUGCCUGCGGGCAUACUAGCCCACACGGACGAGGUCUUGCGAGCACUCCUGGAGCAUGAAGCCCCGCUGUUGGAAGAUCUCACGAUCAGAUUCGAAGAAGAUAAUUUUGAAGAAGAAGAAUCUAACGAACCUCAUAUCUUACCAUCCCUCUUCCUCGAGAAAACCCCGUCCAAGCUUCAGCACGUCUAUCUCGAAGGUUGUGCCCUUCCCUUUCCGCAAACGAUCUUCUCGGCAGCGCUCACUACUUUGAAGCUUGACUUUGCGCGUAUCUGGACGAACAUGGAUCAGAUGGUCGAGUUCAUGCGCACAGUGCCGCUCCUGAAAGACUUUGAAUACGAGAAUUACGGCGACCCCGCGUCGUACGGGUUCGAUCCCGCGCUCUCGCGCGUGCAGCCCCUACGCUGCGUAACUCUGGCACAUCUGCGCCGCUGUCAUGUCCAGGCGGCCUUUGUCGUCGGCAUCCGCAUGUUCAGCUAUCUCGCGUUCCCGCCCGAUGCCUCCCUCUGUCUAUCGGCGUACGAGGCCAGGGACACGAGCUAUGGACAACACUAUACGGAUAUCGAACUGGAAGGCUUGAUCGCGUUUGGCUCGAAGGCUCUGAGAGCACACUAUGCGGGCUACAUGGAGCGCACUGGGCGUCAUUACGACUCGAUUGAGGUGGGACGCAAUACACUGUCGCACGUAUCGGAAUCGCGCGAUGAACUUGAAUUCGGGUUCGGGAUGCCGGAGGUGGAUGCCCCCGACGCGCAUCGGCUUCGCGCAGCCGUCGCCGCGAUGUAUCUCACAAUCCCGGUCAUCGCGCACACAAAGAUGCUCGUGCUUCAUGAAGAUUGGGAGGGGUUCACCCUACGUGACCUGUCAUACUGCAAGAACGUCGAGCGAUUGCACAUCAAGGGGAACGCCCUGGCGAUAUUUGCAAAGGCACUGAGCGAGGGAGACAUGCUUGAUAGCGCAUCGUUUCCCGUGUGUAGCGAGAUCAUAAUUGGCGCGGCCGAUUUUUCUCUGCCGACGAGGGAGGACGCACAUAGUCGGUUCCGCUUGCAGCCGGAUUGGGAGCUGCAGCUGGCCGAGACUCUGCAGAGAUAUCAGACGAACAGGGGCGGGGAGUGCACUUUGAAGAUUGUGUUUAAUCAGUGCAAGCUGGGCCCGCGAACGAUGGAGACUUUCCAGACAGCGUUGGGUGCUGAUCGGGUACAUACCACUGACCAGAAGGAAGAUAACCUCAGAUACUUUGAGGGAGGCUUUGUGUUGAUCUGA